UCUCUGUUUCUUGAAAAAUGAUGAUUAUAAAGACUACCGGUGGUGCGUGCCUCAAGGUCUCCUUGAUAAAUAGCCUUUAAAUCCUUCAAGAAUAUCAAUUGAACAUACCCAUAUCAUCUUACUCUUUAACAACAUAUAUAUAUAUAUAUAUAUAUCAAUCUCCGAUCUCCAAUAUCCCACAUUCAAUAUGCCAUCAAACACAGCAGUCGUUGUUCAGAAGCCUGGAGAAGCCAAGGCAGCUGAAGCCUCGAUCCCAAAACUUAGAGAUGACUACAUCUUAAUCAAGACCAAGGCAGUUGCUUUGAACCCAACUGACUGGAAGCACGUUGAAUGGUUAACUUCUAACGGAGCAAGAGUAAGUCGAUGCUAUCCCUUCAUGUUCACCAAGCAAUGCUAACAACUACCCUCCAGAUCGGAUGCGACUAUGCAGGUGUCGUUGAAGAGGUUGGAAGCGCAGUCACCAAGAACUUCAAGAAAGGCGACCGUGUUUGUGGCGUUUGCCACGGAGGAAACGAAGUUAACCACGAAGAUGGAGCAUUCGGAAACAUCAUCACCGCAAAGGGAGAUAUCCAAAUCAAGAUCCCGGACAACCUCAGCUUUGAAGAAGCAUCCACCCUCGGUGUAGGAAUCACAACGUAAGACUCACCGAACCCCAUGUAUGAAAGCCACAACUAACACACCCCCCAGCGUCGGACAAGGCCUCUACCAAUCCCUCAAACUACCGCUCCCCAAUACUCCCGCCGCCGAGAAAUUCCCCGUUCUCAUCUACGGUGGAUCCACCGCCACCGGUGCCCUCGCAAUCCAAUACGCCAAGCUUUCCGGCCUCCAAGUGAUCACUACUUCCUCCGCCCGUAACUUCGCCUACUUAGAAAGUCUUGGAGCCGACAAAGUCUUCGACUAUAACUCCCCAACUUGCGCACAAGAUAUCAAAGAAUACACCAACGACAGCAUCAAACACUCCUUCGACUGUAUCUCCGAAGGCAGCAGCACGGAGAUCACCGUAUCGGCCAUGUCCUCCUCCGGCGGCGUAUACAGCACACUCCUCCCUGUCCCCACCGAAAACGUGCACAAGUUCAACGACAAGGUCGAAAACAAGUCCACAUUAGCAUACACAGCCGUAGGCGAGCAAUUCACCUUCGGACCUAAUGCCAUCCCCGCCGUCGCCGAUGACUUCACAUUCGGUGUGAAAUUCUGGGAGAUCUCCAGGGGACUUCUGGCCGAGGGAAAACUCAAGGUUCACAAGGUCAGCGUGAACAAGUAUGGAGAAGGAUUCGAGGGAAUCUUGGCCGGUAUGCAGGCAUUGAAGGAGGGCAAGGUUAGCGGUGAAAAAUUGGUAUUCACUUUGUAAACUUUGUAGAGUAGUAACAAGCGGGUUUUAACGUAAAAUAUCGAAAUAAAAAGAAAUG